UUACAAUCAUAUCCUUCAUUGAAACCAAGAACUAGAGUAUACACAUCGGAAACUGGCGAAUCUCAAUUACUGCUCUGCCUUUAUGGUUCACUACCUUCACCAAUAGGGGGUAGAGUUUACAAGAUCCCAAUCGAAUUAUGGAUUCCUCAUGAAUAUCCAAUUGCUGCUCCUUUCGUGUAUGUUGUUCCCACUGAAAAGAUGACCCUACAGCCAGGGAACCAUGUUGAUAAUAGUGGAAGGUGCUAUUCGCCUUAUCUUGCAAAUUGG